GAACCGCAGCUAGUCAGGACUAGGAUAUAGUUAGCUGUAGGCUAGGCUAGCUGGUUAAGUCAGUCUAGGGCGCAGCGACGGCUGGCUAACGCUAACGCUACAUUACCGAGCCGUGUGAGGUGUUUACGGGAUGUUUAGUGUUUGGCUGGGGUUGGACUGUGUUGGACUGGGUUGGACUGUGUUGGACUGGGUUGGACUGUGUUAGACUGUGUUAGCCGGCAGUGCUGGAGACGAUGACUGUGCUGGUGAGGCCUGGUGGCUAUGCAGAUGUAUAAAGGCGGUGUUGAGAGUCACAUCAGGAUUUGUACCAUGCAGUGAACCAAAUGGGUCAUUGCUGCACCCGAGUCAUUUUCCUCCUGCUGCUCCAGGCGUUGCAGACUUUAGCUGAAGAUGGGUCCAUUGACUGUGUGUGCGUGGGCAGUGACUGCAUGUCGCAGCAGUGUAAGGGAGACCAGUGCUAUGCCUCCGUGACCGUUAGCAACGAUGUACCCUCGUUCAGGCGCGGGUGUUUGAUUGGCCCAGAGAGCAGGCGGAUGACCUGCUCGGCUGCCCCCUCGGCCAGUCAUGUAGUGGAGUGCUGCUCUCAGCCAAUGUGCAACGUCAACGCCUCGGUGGAGUCACUGCUGCAGCUGCUGCCCAAGAGUCCAGAGGGGGAGCCUGUGCGCUACCGUGUGGAGACCCUGGUGCUUUUUGUACUGGGACCCUUCGUAGUGCUGGCCCUGCUGGCCACUCUGGCAGUGCUGGUCUGCCGCAGGCUCCAUCCAGGCCGCCUGGAGAGACUGCACGAGUUUGAUCCGGAGCAGGGCGCCAUUGACGGCCUCAUCGCUCCCAACGUGGGAGACAGCACCUUGGCGGAUCUACUUGAUCACUCCUGCACAUCUGGCAGUGGGUCUGGGCUGCCCUUCCUGGUGCAGAGGACGGUGGCCCGUCAGAUCAGCCUGGUGGAGUGUGUCGGAAAAGGGCGAUACGGGGAGGUGUGGAGGGGACAGUGGCAGGGAGAGAACGUGGCUGUGAAAAUCUUCUCCUCCAGAGACGAGAAGUCCUGGUUUCGGGAAACGGAGAUCUACAACACUGUUCUACUGCGGCAUGAAAACAUAUUAGGGUUCAUGGCGUCGGACAUGACCUCACGGAACUCCAGCACUCAGCUGUGGCUGAUCACGCAUUACCAUGAGAACGGUUCACUGUACGAUUACCUGCAGCGGGUGGCCGUGGACAUGUCUGACGGCCUGCAGAUGGCCGCCUCGGUGGCCAGCGGCCUCGUUCACCUGCACACGGAGAUUUUCGGCACCGAGGGUAAACCGGCCAUCGCCCACCGCGACCUGAAGAGCAAGAACAUCCUGGUGAAGAAGGACCUGCGCUGCUGCAUCGCGGACCUCGGCCUGGCGGUCACUCACUCUCAGGCAGACAAUCAGCUGAAUGUGGGGAAUAACCCCAAAGUGGGCACUAAGCGCUACAUGGCCCCCGAGGUGCUGGAUGAGUCCAUUCAGACGGACUGCUUCGAUGCCUACAAGAGGGUGGACAUCUGGGCCUUUGGCCUGGUGCUGUGGGAGAUCGCCCGCCGCACUUACAGCAACGGGAUUGUGGAGGAGUACAAGCCUCCAUUCUAUGACCUGGUGCCUAAUGACCCCAGCUUCGAGGACAUGCGUAAAGUGGUGUGCGUGGAGCAGCAGAGGCCAUUCAUCCCCAACCGCUGGUUCUCUGAUCCUACGCUGUCUGCUCUGGUGAAGCUGAUGAAGGAGUGCUGGUACCAGAACCCAUCGGCUCGCCUCACGGCCCUGCGCAUCAAAAAGACUCUAGACAAAAUCCACAGCUCCUUGGAGAAGGGCAAGCCGGACUGCUGAGCCCCCAGGAACAGAGCGAAAGCCCUUCUAGCAGGACCCCACAGAUGCUGGCAGUGGUGUCUGUAUUACGGUCCUGGAUGUUCAUCUUGCUGGUCUAGGAACAGCUCCCCCAUCGCCUCUGUAGGAAACACUGAUCCUGGAUCUGCACCCUUGCUCUUCUCCAAGACCUUCUGAUCAUUCUCUGCAAUAUUUUGUGAAUCCAGUUUUACAUCCCCCUUUCUUUUAUGACUCUGACUGACAGCAUCAGACCGGACAGCGGCCGUGCAAUACAAGCAAAGCCGGUUUUGUGGGCUGUAUCGGACUGAAACCUCAACAUUUGCGCUGGGGCUUGUUUUGUACCUGGUCUCAGAGACUCAUAUAGACCCCCCGGCCAGCGUAAAGAUUUAUGCAUCAACACGCCUCAGAAUCGCUACCCAUAAUGGAGAGCCAGUGCAGUGUGAUCAUCCAAAUCACUUAAGAAGUUCUGCUGUUCAAAUUAGACUACUUAGUCAUAGGGGAGCUGAUCCUGGAUCAGCAUUUUGGACUUUGAGACUCUUCAACGUUUUUAAACGUCGUUUUUCCAGACAAUCUCACCACACAAGAGUGAACGGACAACACUGGAUAGAUUCUAAGACACUAAUCCUGGUAUCCUCCAGACUGCUACACUACCACAGUAGAUUUUGGAAAGAAAGUCAGCCUGACGAAACAUCCUUCUUUAUCCCUCUUUAGAAACACUAAAGACACUUUUUCAUGUUUUCAGUCAUCUUAUCGUUGGCCCAGUGCGGUCAGUGUUGGUUCGGUUCAGCAUUUAGUGCCCUGCUGUAGUUUUUGCCUGUGACUGAAGCCAUCCUGGCACUAAAGCCUUUCUCGCGCUCUCUUCAUCUUCCUUUAUCUCUCGUGCAGCCCUUGCGCUGGGCAGUCCCACUAAAACUUAAGUGACAAUCAUUUGCUGCUCGGUCAGUCCUGCAUUACUAGGCUGCGUUUUAUGGACGUCCUUUGUCAUAUUGCUAUAAUGCAAAUCUUUGUAGGUUAACCUUUAUGCCUUUUUCUGUCAGCAUCGACACACAUUCACCGUCAUGUACGCUGUAGUCAUUUUAAGUGUUCCCAGUGCUUUUUGCUCUUGAAUUGCAUAGUAAGCAGAGCAAGUGCAACUGAAACAUGUAUUGGUUCGCAUCUGCUUUAUAAAAGACACAGUUCGGAGGCUGUUGAGGAGGCAGAUUGCGUCUCGUUUGAGAAGCUUUUGGGCUCUAGACGUGGACACGAAGACACUGAUGUAUUUAUAAUGAAUGAGGACAAAGAAGUAGGAAUACCGCUAGACACUGCAUUGUAAACUGUGACCGUAAUAGAAUGUAAUAUAUUGUAUUUAAAGAUAGGAAUACUAAAAGUAACGUAGCUCGGAUAAGGCUUCCUCGCUUUGCCAAGGCGCACCUGCUCUGGUUUUAUUACCUUUUACUCAAGCACGUUUUACACUUACGGGGGAGUUCCACUAAUUUUCUUUUGCAAAAUUUCUGCAUAAUUCAGAGCGGUUUAAUGUGAAAUGGUGCACUGCAGGGAAACUGAUCGACUCAAGAUUCCUGGACAGUGGUAGUGAUAGGAACCAGAAGGCACCGUACAAUAAUAUAGCCAUUUUAUACUAUUAUACUAUCCAGAAUGACAAAUGAACCUACAUGUGUGCUCAUUGUACAGCUGUAAAGACAUAUUCUGUCCAAAAUCUUCUAAAAAAUAUCUGAAAAACAUGUCUGACAUCAGGCAGUGUCUUCAUAACCAUUUCAUGUAAUGACUUUCUGUGAGAGAGCUUUUAGAGGUGGAUGUCUGGUUCCUAUCACCACCACUGUGAACAGUUCUGACUCAGUAAGUUUCUCUAGAACAGAGCGUUUCACCCCAGACCACUCUGAAUGACUUUACAGCUUAAUAAUUUAAUUAUGCAAAAAUUUUAGAAAUUUUGAAAACUUGGUGGAAUUCCCUUUCAAAACAGCUUCCGCUUAUCCACACUGUGAGAAUGAUCUGUUUCUGGUCUCUGAACAAAAAGGGUCCACGCUGAUGGAAUCGUGAGGACCCUGAAGCUUUUGUCUUCCUGCGCAUAAAGUCAAGCUAAACAAUGCCUUAUGAAGCAGGAGCCGCUUCAGGUUCUGCCCACCCCAGCAUACGUGGCGGGGUGGGGGGGGUGGGGGGAGCACAAAGCAGACCAAAAGUCAACCGUACCCAGUAGAUGAUGAAGAUGAAGUAAGGAUCAUUCCUGUUGGGCGGUGCUCAUUUUGGGGUUAAAUUAUCUGGCUAACAGAGAUACAGAUAUACUCCCCUGAUUCAGCUCAUUAUUAAAGGGGAAUUCCACCAAAUUUUCUAAAUUUCCACAUGAUUCAAUCAUUGAGACAACAACAUUCUGAGUGGUUUGAUGUGAAGUGGUUUAUUGUAGAGACACUAUGGCUGAGUUCGCACUGCAGGUAAAAGUGGCCCAAAUCAGGGGCCAGUUUCAUGAAAUGUUUUAAGAAAGAAAAUCUUCUUAAAUGUGGUUUUUUUUUGUUUUGUUUUGUUUUGUUUUUUUUUGUUUUUUACUUCAUUCUAAAGAAAAAAGUUAUGAGAAAUUCUUAUUCAGAUAACUUCUUAAGAAUGAUCUUAUUUUUUUCUUAACUAUUGUCUUAAAAACAACUCUAAGAACAAGUGUUAUUCUUGAAAACAUUGUUCUCACAGCUGUAAGAGUCGACAAGGUCAGCCUCUAAAUUUAUCACGGACACUGUCUUUGCUCCUCCUGUCCAUCCUCGUCUGUCACCCCAUAAUGUUCAUAUUUCCAGUGAGGAUUUUUUUCUCUGUUGUCUGUUUCUUCCACCAUCAUCUCUUGUUCUUGUUUGCUAAAUUUUUUUGAACGCUGGGUUUGAUGUUUUUCCCCCCAUUUUGCUCCUCUGAGCGGAUUAAACUAAACAAUGGAAAUAACACAAUACAAAUUCAGAAUGCAUCUUGCAUUGUUUAUGGUACGGGGUACUUGUUUUAAAAAAACAAUUAAGAUUAUCUUCAGAGAAGUUUGUGUUUUUCGAGAAUUACAUUUAGGAACGUUCUUAUGAACCUCUUAGUGUUUGUCGUAAGAACCUUCACGGGUUUUUUCCUAAGAAAGCUUUCGUGAAUCCGGCCCCUGAUCUUUUUAUUCAUAUGUGAGACACCUUUGUUUUUGUGUGACAGUGUGAACAACAAAAAAGACACACUGGCACUUAUUCAUCAAAGCUGCGUUUAAAAGAACACACAGUCUUUAAUGAUGUGCAAAUUCUGUGUCUGAAACAAGCAGAGCUUUUAGCGCAUAUAAGAAAUCGGCCUCAGUGCGUGAAAUCAAGCGCUGGCCCACCAGCACCUCAUUUACAUAUGAUGUACAUGAAACGUUCUAAUUCGUGCAGAUGUUUCAGGACUAAGGUGUAAGGAGCCCAUUCAAAGGCUCGUGAGCCAAUGUUUGUGGUCAUGGCCGGAGGAAAACUGUGUUGGAUGAGCAUGUGGGGC